UACACAAAUGGCGAGUGUGGUGUUCGCGAUUUCGGCAUUUUUCAAGUAACUUACACCUAAAUAGUGUUGAAUUUAUUUAAUUGCGAAGUGCGGAGUGUAUCUACAGCGACUUCGAGAGCAAAGUACGAUAAUUACUUCGAUAUUUUUGUGAGAGUUUCGUCCUGUUCAAGUUGUACAAAUGGACACUGUGCAGACAGCAGUAAGCAAGGAGGACGCGCUCCAAAAAGACAUUGGCGAAAGCAACGCGUGCGAGGAUGGCCCCCUGAAGUCAGAAGUGACCACAUGUGCAGGCGGCGACAGCGACUUGAAGCCGGCCAGUGACAAAGGUGUUGUUGGCAGCGAGAAGGUGGCCGGUCUACACAUAGCGGCGCCGUCAGAGUCGGAGAACAGCGACGACCUAUUGGAGAAGAUCGAGGCAGUGGUGAAGGACGAGAAAAAUGGCGAUGUGCCGGUGGACGCAACAAUUGCCGAGAGCUCGGAGCAGGACUUCCUGAAGCAGUUGGAGGAGGCUGAGGCAGAGGCCAAGGCGCUCAGGGAAGAACGUCGGGAAAGGGCUAAAGAGGAGCAGAAGGCGAAAUUGAUGGAAAGCGUUUCAUCCUCAGACGAAAAGGAAAAGGCGGGAAAUGAAGUGAUCCUCAAGGACACGACGGACGAGCCCGACCGCGUGCACGUGGCGGAAAACAAUGCCGAUUCGACCAGUGCAGAUGUGGGUAACAAUGCCAAAGAGACAGCCCAGAAAGGCAGGCGGGUAGGCAAGAGUGACGAGGUUGCAACUUCGAACGAAGCGGCGGAGUCAUCUGCUGCAGACGUCGAGGAAUCUCUCAGAAGGAUGGAGAACGGCGAGGUUGAACCGGUUGAAGACGAAAAAAGCGAAGAAAAAGAUGAAGUUCGAGAGGAGCCAAAAUCUACGAAUAAUUCUUCGGUUUUGGUUUCAUCAAGUGAUGGCAAGGAAGACGCUGUGCCUGCUAAAGUUGUUGUAAAUGAGUCUCAGGAUGCUAAGAAUUCAAGCGAAGCUGAUCAAGCGCCAAUAUCAGAAGAGCCCACAGUAUCAGAUGAAGCUACACAAGAAGAAGAAAUAUCAUCAGAGGCUGAAAAGGCAGUUUCUGAGGAAGAUAAAAAGGUGGAAGACACAAAAAAUGAAGCAGAAAAUUUGGCAAAUCCUGGCGACAAUAAAACUUCCGAAGCCCAGCCUAUGUCAGUGGAUCAGAGUCCAGUUGGGGGUGCCGAAACGAUGGAGGUGGACGAGGAAGAGAAGAUGGAAGUUGACCCCGUCGAAGUCAUAAGUGAUGAGGAAAUGCCUCCUGCGGUGGAAACCGAAUCAAUUCCUGACGCGAAGGAUACACCCGCUGAGGAGGUUCCUUCCGAAAGUACAAGUAAAGCGGUUGUUGCAGCAGAUACUGAGAAUGUUGAGCCAGAAUCGAAGGUUGAAGAAGCUGAAGUGUCAAAAGGUCCAGAGCCGCCUAGUAAAGACUCGGAAAAAACAAAAGAAGCAGCAACAUCGCCAGAUGAAGACAAUGAAACUUCGGAGAAGGAAGCGGGAGAAGUUGAAACGACUGUUGUUUCCGCGAGUUCCAAAGACCAGGCGGAUGAGGCUCCUGUGAAAGAAAAAAGUACAACUGCCUCGGAACCAUCGAAAACAUCAGAAGCUGUUGUCGAGGCCGAUGUAGAGAAAAAGGAAAAGGAGGAGACUGCAUGCAAGGAGCAAGUUUUGGCACCGAAAUCCCCUGAUUCCAGUAUCGUGGAAUCAGUUACAUCAGACAAAGCUGAAGAAUCCGCCAAACCUAAAGAAAUCGAAGAAAAACCUGCGAAUACAUCGGAAAAACCGACCGAGACCAGUACUGACGUUGACUUAGAAUCGGAGAACACGAGUAAACUGAGUGUUGCUAAGCCCGAAAACAAACUUCUCACGAAUGCUAUAAAGCUCAGCGGCAGUGUGACAAGCUUGGAAGGCAGUCCAGUCCAGGCAGCUAGUGCAAAUGUAUUCAACAGCACUCCCAUUCAGAGACAGUUCGACAUUUCAUCUGAGAACGUUAGCAAGAUUUCCGAGGCUCACGAGGAAACCAACAGAACAGCAGAGGAGGGUGCCCACUCACUUUCCAAAACUGAAGAAGAAACUGACGUUACUGAGAUGACCUCAGCUAGCGAACCACAGACAUCAGAUAGUGCAACGAAAUUCCUAAAUGUGAUGAAAAAGCAAUGCAACGGAACCUCUUCAGACGACGGUGACAUCCCCACGACAACGGCGAAGGCCUCACAGACCAAACCAUUCGAAAUCAUCCCAGAGGACUUACUUGCAAAGGCGACUGACACCAGUCCCGGAAGUGGAUUAUAUGAAAUCAACGUAUGGCACGAAGGACACGACGUUCGAUAUUUGUCUGUAGAAAAAUUGGACACAAAGAAAUCAGUUAACACUACAUUAGACGCGAGCAGUGCAGGUGAAUCGUCCGGCAAGCUUUCCUCGAAUGGAAGUGUGUCCAGUUUACCACCGUUCACAUUACCGAAUCGCACGUCAGAAACACUGAGUGGCUCAUCGACGAGCAGCAAGACGCCCGACGGCAAAUCGCUUUUUCCACACACAACCCGCACCCAGCAUACUGUCACCGGUGUCUUAGAAUUGUGCACCUUCAUGAUAGACCAAUUCACCAAGAUCAAAAGUAAAUUUGAGCCUCCUAGCACUCCCACAACUUCGAAGGUAGCGCCAACCCCCACAAAAGACGAACCCUCUACACCGAAAUUGAAGGGACGAGCGAGCACCAAGAAGAGUAAAGGCAAAUCCAGUCCACAGGAAGAGGAGGAAGAGACGCCGUCGAAAAAACAAGACAAACGCACCUUGAAACGGUCACUGAAUAAGACACAAAGCGAUGACGAGGAGGAAAGCAAAGCAAAACAGUCGAAGCAGAGCAAGUCUUCACAUGCGGCGGCCAAGUCACAAGAAGUAACUGUGAGCGCACUUUACUAUGUGCUGGCGAAGUGGGUGGAUAAGAAAUAUUAUGCCGGUCGCGUUACAGAAGAGAAAGCCGGCAACAAAUUUGUUGUUCUAUUCGAAGAUGGCGCAUCCAAGGUUCUUCCACGCGAGUCAAUUGUGUUCGGCGAAGGUAAUGUUCUACCUCUGAAGGAUCAGUCAGUAUACGCUCUGCUCGAUGACGACUACGAACUAGGUACUGUAAAGUCGGUGGACGAGACCGACGACAAAGUUAUCUACACAGUAGAUGUGGACGGCAAAGACAUUAAAGUGAGCGCGUCUGACAUUUAUCUGACGGAUCAACAGGCGAAAACAAUUCAACAUCUGAAAGAUGCACAGAACACGCCAUCAACGAAUAAGAACGCUCUUGACUCACCAUCAGAAAAGUCUUCGCCUGGCACAUCAUCGCGGUCGACACGAAAACGACCAGCCACCUCGCCUAUAACACCGGAGGCAGGAUUUUCAGGCGGUGUAACGAAACGGGGCGGACGAAAGCAGAAAAGAUUACGACCGGAGACACGUUUAUCGGAAAGUACGGAUGUUUCUGAUAGUCCAGAUAUACCACCGCCACCAAGCCCAGAAUCAGCGCUGGAAGCGAUCGAAGGCGUUCAACCUGAGCUACAAAAGACUCCGAAAGAGUCUGAAGUGAGCCGUUUGAUCAUUACCUCGGAUUUUGCCAGAAGUAACCCAGGACGUGAUAUCGGAACGUUGAUAGGAUCAACUUCAAAAUCCAAGACUUUAUUUAAGAAUAAGUGUUUUUUGUUGACGUGCACGGUUACACCAUUUAAAGGAAGCGAGCCCAUUUCUAGUUUCAAGUUGCACUCAAGUCAAGGAUUUUCAAACUUACCAUUCAUCAAGGAUCAUCUUAAAAAGCAAAUAGAGUCUGCCGGCGGUAAAGUCUACGAUCAUUUUGAGGAUGUUCCAAAAAGUAAAUACAAACAAUGUAAGCUGAUCGCAAGUCGGCCAUGCACGACUGCCAAAUAUGUUCAAUGUCUCGCAGCUGAUGUCCCGGCAGUAUCACAUGAAUGGAUAAUCGAAAGUUGCAAAAAGAAUACUUUAAGCGAUGUAAAAAAAUUCCAAUUGCCAAGCGGCUGGUCAAUUGUCACCGAAAAGUACAUUCGUUGGACUGUAGGUAAGUCGCCGGAUUGCAGGCAAUCCAGUAAACCGUUCCAGAAAGAAAUCAUUUUGAUUGCAAGCGAGCAUAGUGACUUCGUAACGUUCUGGAGUCGUGUUUGCAAAAUGGCAGGAGCAACUUUGCGUUACAUAAAGUCAUUGAAUGAUGUAACACCAACCACUACCGGGUAUAUGGUUACAGAGCUUGAUUUUCCACAAAUAAUUAAGUCAAAAGCGGAACAUUAUGGCAUUCCUAUUGUGUCCACCAUGUGGAUAGUGCAAUCGUUGAUCUUAGGCAAGGCAUGUGAUCCGCAUGCGAACAUUAAGUUAACGCAAUUAUGCCAUGAUGACGACUUAUGAAGUGGAGCGGGACAGAUGUAUAUAUUAUGUUAAGUUUAUGCUUUGUAACUCAUAGUUGUAGAAAUAAAAUUACUAAUAUAAUAAUAGAUCUUU